UGAUGAAAGAAAAAAGAAAACGAAUGAUGUCGGAUGAAGGAGUUCUAGCAGUAGUAACUGAUUAAAUUCUUAGGGAAAAUAAAUCUAAUCUCAGAAAAUUAACUAAAAAAUAAAUUUAGUAAUUGAAAAACAAUAAACUAAAUCAAUCAGAUUCAUCAAUAGAGAUUAUUGAGAAAAAAAGUCCUUUGAAAUGCUAAAAGAAGAUUAAAGUUACUAAAGAGGCUUUAGAAAGAUUUAUAAAAAGAACAUUUAUAGUUAUAAGUGAUGAUGAGGCUUCAGUCAAUUAUAAUGGUAAUAAAAAAGUAUAUUUAAUAUGAAAAUUUAGAACCAAACUUAAAUAUAAGUAAAUAAUGAAUCAAUUUCAAGAUCUUCAUCAAUUUUAUCUUCAUCUUCUAGUAGCAGUAUUUUAUAAUAAUAUGAAAAGAGCGAAAAAAAAGGAAAAUAGUUUUAAAAUUAUGGUUAAAGAUCAGAUUUUGUAUGA